AUGAGACGGGGCGAGGUCCCUGGCAGAACUGGCUUUGGGUCCACUCUUCCACCUCGUUCUGUGCCCUGGUGGUUGGAUGACUUCACCAGAUUACCUCACUCUCUGGCUCAAGGUGGAAUCAGGGGAACGUGCGUGACCUUCACUGCAUUGUUGAAUGAUAGCCCAUCAGAAAAACCAAAACGUGAAAGACAACUGGACAAGUCCAAAAGUCACUCCCGAGUUGGCCUGAAGUCAAGCACCAAGCAAAAGACCACCAUUUUCAGCACAUUGGCCAGUGAGAAGUCCUUAUCUGACUGCAAAAAGGUUCUCAUCCCACUGAUGUCUCCUUUUGUGGGGCCGGAAGGCAGCCCUUUGGAUAAGCCAUCCGGAGUCAAUGGCAAGAAUUCAGUGCAGGAGCAUAUAAGGAAAUUGAGGACCAUACAGGCUACGUGUCACAGUAUUAACCGGUCAUCAAAAAUCUACCAAUUAAAUCAAACUUGUUGCACUCCUAAGUUCAUAUAUACCUCUUCUCACAUCCCAGAUGGUGGGAGGAGAGCCGUGGUCUGGCAGGACGAGCCGGCGAGAAAGCGAGCCCCUGGGCAGCUCAGCCUGAGAUUAAGGGGUCCCCGGUGCCAUUGUGCUGGCAGCUGCUCCGCCUCACCCGUGCGCCGCGUGUGCGGCGUCAGCCCACGUCUGGUCUUAUUUGCUGUGGGGGAGGCGGCACUUGAAAGGUGGCCCCUCCCCCAGACUCCUUGA